GUGCUUGCUGGUUGCCGGCGGAACUAUUGCGCCGUAUUAGGCAUGUGGUUUCGGCGGGGUUCUGUUGCAUUUGCGCCCACCUUUCUCUCUCUCUCUCUCUUUCUCCCGACAGCUCCCUCCUCCAUCGCCCAAAAGCCCAAAAGAGAGGGGCAAAUCAACCGGCUCAAUUGGGCAGGUUUGAGAAAGUCUAGAUAUUGCAAGAGUCUUGGCGGUCCGCUGUCCUGUUUGUUGACAGGCCGGCCCGGGUGCCUAGCUCAGGAGACAAAAGAAGAAGAAAAAAAGGGAAAAAAAGAAAUCCGCCGGAAGGAUCGUGCGUGUUGCAUCUUUAGCCUCCCAGACACAGCAAUGCAUGGAACUGGCAGGAUAUGCCAUAUGCGAUAUGCAGCCUUCUAUUAUAUUUUCUCUUGGUGUUGGGCCGUAGUUGCUUUGAAGCCGUCCUUUUUUUCGGUUCACUAGACGAGGCAGACAGGUCCCAGCGCCUGUAACUAUCCCCGCGCGCCACACGGGAUGACGCCACACUCCCGCAGGGAUGGACAGGGCUGCUGACAAGCCACACAAACACGGCCCACAACAGCGAGGGUUCUCCCAGCCGGUAUCGCAUGACGUGAUGUCCCUUCAAGAUUCAGAUUCAGGGGCUGUAAAGUUUGUUUGCCACAGUCGGCCAAUCCGCCUUGACAAAACCGCGACGGUGCUCUCGUCGCUGCGCUAGCGUCUCUUGCUUCCUCCUUCACACACCCAUUCGCUCUUUUGGUCUGCUCCCGCAACAGGCUCUAACACCCGCAGCCACGAAACCCCGCGGCACAGCAAAGGCCUCACCCACACGCUCUUUUAUUUUUUGUUUGGUUCGACCUCGCACCAAUGGCGGCCGUUGCUCAGACGAACUUCAUCUUUGGUGGUGGCAACCACCCGUGGGAUGCGUCCCGGUUCCAGGCCUCGGACGACCGCGUCCGGGGCGGCGUCUCGGUCUCCUUCCUGGACGUGGGGCCGUCCCCGUCGGACCCCGGCCGCACCGCCGCCACCUUCCACGGCCACCUGAACACCACGGCCCUCGGCGGCGCCGGCUUCGCCUCGCAGCGGACCGCCGACCCCUUCAGCGCCGACCUCACCGGCGUCUCGGGCCUCGUGGCCGAGAUCGUCGUGCCAACGUCGGUGGCGGCGAGCGAAGGCGGUGCCGCGUGCUCUUCUCCCCCCUCUUCUUCCUCCUCCGCCGCCUGCUGCGGCGCGGACGGCAAGUCCGGCAAGACCUUCACCGUCACGCUCAAGAACGACAUCCUUCCCCCGAGCCCCGACGGCCGCGAGCAGAGCACGGUCAGCUGGGAGUACGGCUUCUGCGUCGUGCCCGAGCAGGGCGGCGCCACCGACCAGGCCAAGACGCGUCGCGUCGAGAUGCCCCUGUCCGACUUCAAGGCCACGUACCGCGGCAGGGAGGUCAAGGAUGCCACCCUGGACCUGGCCAACAUCAAGCGCAUCACCUUUAUGAUGAGGAGCUUCUUUGGUGAACAGGACGGCGACUUCAACCUGACCAUGAACUAUCUCGCCGCCUCGGGCCCCGUCAAGGUCGCCGCUGGCGCUGCUCUCCCCAGCAGCGACGCCGCCUCUGCGGACGAGGCGCAGAUUCCCGUAACAAAGGAACGGCGGGGGGUCCUUGGCUGGCUUUAUAGUUGGGUCAGGUAGUUCCUUUAGCUGAGCGGAUGGACGCAGAUAUAUAUCAUUCACGUGGGCAGCAAACGCUUGACAAAGAGACAGUGUCCCGAAGCUACCAGCCCUUUCUUUCUUGUGCAUGUUUGGUGUGUCAUCUUGCCUCUGGAUCUAGGAACUACGAUUUUGGGCCACGGGCUCGGCGUGAAGACGGUGGAUGCAGAAGCAGAGGUCAAUAUCUCGCAUCACGUAACCGCAGAGAUGGCGUGACUGGACCGACAGGGCGUUAUCAAAGCCCCCCCCCAAUCUAUCAUGGAUUCAACGUACGGCGGCGCCCCAACGAUCUCGAUGUAUACGUUCCAAGGCUAGGGGCAUUAGCGGGUUACGGGACUGGCAGAUGAUGAAUCGGAAACAGUAUAGGGUGUCAUGGAUACCCAAGAUUGCCAGUUGCGUCACAACAGACUGUCUAGACCCUAGCAAAGCAUGGGGCGUGCAAAAGGGGGAAUCCAAAAAAAAAAAAAGGAAAGAAAAAAAAGUAAUAUGACGAAACAGCCCCAAGCUCCAAAGCCAGUGGCCUCGGCAUCCCGGUUGGCCAACGGCCCAAAGUACACAGUCGACACAACCAGCGCCAGCUGCUUCUCAACGUCGGACUUGAGUAGAUAUUGUGCGGUUCUGGAGACGCUCCGAGCCGCCAUCUCCCGAUGAGCUCUACAUCUCAUCUCAUCCCCUAGCACAUCCUUAAUACGCAGCCGUCAUGGUCACCGAAGACAGCUCUGGUCCUCACUUGCUGUUUGAAAAGAAAAGAAAAGAGAACAGGGAGUGAAAAAAAAGGCUAAACAAACGCCCAUUGCCGAGACAAGUUUUACAUGAAAAAAGAACCCAUGCGAAUAAGUCGUGUGGAAGCCAGCCAUUACCAAAGGAAAAGCCUUGAAAGAAGGCCAAAGCCGAGGGAGUUUGUGCCCGAUGGUCAAGAGAAACGAAGAUUAAACGAGACCGAAGAAAGCUGAAAAACGGGACGGGGUAGCAGGAUCCGUAGACGCCCUUUUGCACUAGAGGUUCGGCGUGUCUGAAAGAUGUGGCGCCGGGAGGAGCCAGGGUUAGACACGUUAAAGCUACGGAGGCUGACAGAAGUGGUUCCUCGAGAGGGCCGCCACAGUUGUUGCGUCGCUCAGACAUCGUCCAUCUUGCCGGCCGGCUCCUCGUCGUCGUCGUCGCCAAAGCUUGCGACUGAGGACAUGUCGUCAUCAUCCUCGGUCUCGGCGCCCCCUUCGUUGGUC